CCCUAGCCAGGUCCCCUCCUCCUCCUCUCCUCCUCCUCCUCCUUCUCUUCGGCUCAGGACCCGGUGCUUCCCGGAGCCCGCUCGCCGCCGCGAUCGCCGGCGGGCGCCCCCCUCACUCUGCCCCGUUCGCCGGCGUCCCCGGGCGCAGGGCCGCACGGCCGAGCCGGACGCGCUGGGGCCCCCGGGCCCGGACCCGGCGAGGCGAUGGAGGAGACGCAGCGCGCCCGCUCGCACACCGUCACCACCACCGCCAGCUCGUUCGCCGAGAACUUCUCCACCAGCAGCAGCAGCUUCGCCUACGACCGCGAGUUCCUGCGCACCCCGCCCGGGCUCCUCAUCGUGGCGGAGAUCAUUCUGGGACUACUGGUAUGGACACUUAUUGCUGGAACAGAAUAUUUCCGGGUCCCUGCAUUUGGCUGGGUCAUGUUUGUAGCUGUAUUUUACUGGGUCCUCACUGUCUUUUUCCUCAUCAUCUACAUAACAAUGACCUACACCAGGAUUCCCCAGGUGCCGUGGACCACUGUGGGCCUCUACUUUAACAGCAGUGCUUUCAUCCUGUACCUCUCGGCCGCCAUUGUGGAUGCAACGUCUGUCUUCCCAGAGAAAGAGAGCCACAACUACAACAGCUGGGCAGCCUCCUCAUUCUUUGCCUUCCUGGUCACCAUCUGCUAUGCUGGAAACACAUAUUUCAGUUUUAUAGCCUGGAAAUCCAGGACGAUACAGUGAUUUGCCAUUUUGAGAAUUACAAGGGGAAGAAAAAAAGCAAAGACAUGAAGAAUCUCAUUGUAAAAACAGCUGUAGGUAUAAUGUAUAUUUCUAGAGAAUUGUAUUUAACUAGUGUUUUUAUAUACUUAGUUAAAUUUGCUCACAGUGGUAUGUUACAAUUAAACUGGAUGCUUGUUUGUAAAAUGCUACAACUUAUAAUGAACGCUUGAACAGCAAUUGAUGUCUUAUUUUCUUAGUGUAUAAAUAGGUAAAUUGCUAACGUGUCAAGUUUGUACACCUGAAUUUUAAAAUGCCAGAUCCUUUUUUUGAUUAAAUGUUUCAAAAUCCUGCAUAA